AUGUCCACCUCCUCCUCAGAUUCCUCAUCCCUAGUGCAUGUGCUGCCUCCCGACCCCAGUCGCUCUUCUGCUCCCAGUGCCAUAUCAUCUUCUCCCGACCCCAUUGACCUCGACGACGACGCCAACCCGUCAUCCCACGAUACGGACACACAUCUCCACCACCAGAACCGCCGUCUCCUGAGCCCCUCGCCCUUGCUCCUCCCACCACCCAAGUCUCCUUCACCUGGACACGCGACCAGCGACUCUUCUGCGGAUGACCCCCGGCCACGAGACCAACCCGCCGAUCCUGCCCACGCUUCUCCGCGCCUGGGCUCCUCCUACUCAUCUUCACUUAACCCGUCUCCCUCCCGUCAGCAACACUCGCCCGUCGCCCCUGUCGCCGACGACAGCAACGACAUAGAGAUGGAGCCGUUGAAAGAAACCGGCCAUCGCCGGCGCAGGAGCAGUCUUAUGCAGAGCGCCGGCUCCAGCAACCACCACCGAACCCCGUCACGAGGCCACAGCGGAAACCUGCUCGAAGAGCCCAAGAUCUCGGAAGAGGAUAUGGGCUCAUUGCCGUCUGCCUCCAAAGACAUCGAAAACGACAGCUUUUCCGAUGAGGACCUCCACGAUGAUGAGGAGACCGGCUUGACGAAGAAGGACAAGAGGAGAAAGAAGCACAAGAAGCGGAACAACAGGAGGUUAGACCAGCGAAUCGCGCCAGGGGGAGGCGUCACAGCCGAAGAGAAGAAGGAGGCGGACCAAAAUGUCAUCAGGAGGUCAAUGGUCAAUAUCGUGUUAAUCCUGCUGUGGUACCUGUUUUCUCUCAGCAUCUCACUGUACAACAAAUGGAUGUUCGACAAGGACCACCUCAACUUUUCUUUCCCCAUGUUUACGACUGCAUGCCACAUGCUCGUACAAUUCGCCCUCGCCUCGUUGAUUUUGUUUUUGAUCCCCUCCCUGCGCCCGUCGAAUGCGCAGCGCCACUCCGACCUGGGUCGUUCACGGCACGAGUCCGAGCCAGAACGGCCGCUGAUGACGAAGAUGUUCUAUCUGACGCGAAUUGGCCCAUGCGGUGCCGCGACGGGCCUCGAUAUUGGCCUCGGAAACACUUCCCUCAAGUUUAUUACUCUCACAUUCUACACCAUGUGCAAAUCAUCUUCCCUUGCCUUCGUGUUGAUCUUCGCCUUUUUGUUUAGACUCGAGAAGCCGACGUGGCGUCUCGUUGCCAUUAUUGCGACCAUGACGGCCGGUGUAGUGCUCAUGGUCUCUGGGGAAGUCGAGUUCAACCUUGCCGGCUUCAUCCUCGUCAUCUCAGCGGCCUUCUUCUCCGGUUUCCGCUGGGGUCUGACCCAAAUUCUGCUUCUGCGUAACCCUGCGACUUCGAAUCCCUUUUCUAGCAUCUUCUUCUUGGCGCCGGUCAUGUUCCUCACCCUGAUCGUCAUCGCCAUCCCUCUCGAGGGAUUCCCCGCUCUUAUCAAGGGCCUCGAGGUGCUCGUGGAGCAAUGGGGUCUCCUCAUGACUCCUUUGUUCCUGCUGUUCCCAGGCUGCAUCGCCUUCCUGAUGACUGCCUCCGAGUUCGCUCUGCUGCAGCGUACGUCCGUCGUCACCCUUUCGAUUGCGGGCAUCUUCAAGGAGGUCGUCACCAUCUCCGCCUCGGCCAUUGUGUUCCACGAUCGCCUGACCCCCGUCAACUUUGUCGGUCUCAUCACCACCAUCGGCGCCAUUGUCGCAUACAACUACAUCAAGAUUGUCAAGAUGCGCGAGGACGCCCAGAAGGAAGUCCAGCGUGGCCACAUGGAGGCUGCCGAGUCUUCGGGCUCCAGCGGCAGCGACAACGAUGACGGCGGCGAAGAGACGGGUCUGCUGCGCAACAGCACCGACUACGAGGACAACCUCGUCACGGCGGACGGCGAUAUCAUGCCAAACCCGAGCCACACGGCGCAGGAGUCGAGGACGGCUCAGGCCCACCGCGACAAUUAG